UCGGGCCGCCCGCCCCCUAGUCUUGCUCGCGCCUCCGCCGCCACCGCACCAUGCACUGGAGUAGCCGCUAGCCGGGCCAGCCGGCGCACCCCGUCCGGGAUGGGGCUGCAGGGCUCGUGACUUCUUAUUCGUCCCCCCGGGGCCAUCAGCCUCCCGAUCGAGCAUGGAACCGCCAGCGGGCGGGAGCAGCGCUGGCCCCCCGGAGUCGCUUGUCCCCGGCCCCGCGGCCACCCCUGGCCCUGGCCCCAUCACGGCCAGCGCUGGCCCCGCUGCUGCUGCCGCCGCUACUGCGGCGGCUGCUCGGGACUCGGAGCGCCAGUUGCGGCUCCGUCUCUGCGUUCUCAACGAGAUUCUGGGCACUGAGCGGGACUACGUGGGCACCUUGCGCUUCUUGCAAUCGGCUUUUUUGCAUCGCAUCCGACAGAAUGUGGCCGAUUCAGCGGACAAGUGUAUUACGGAGGAGAAUGUCAAGAUUCUCUUUUCCAACAUUGAAGACAUCCUGGAGGUUCAUAAGGAAUUCUUGAAUGCCUUGGAGUUUUGUUUACAACCUGAGCCUCAGUCUCAGCACGAACUUGGAAAUGUUUUCUUAAAAUUUAAGGACAAAUUCUGUGUGUAUGAAGAAUAUUGCAGCAAUCAUGAGAAGGCUUUGAGGCUUUUGAUGGAACUGAACAAGAUACCCGCCAUCCGAGCCUUCCUUUUGAGUUGUAUGCUUUUAGGUGGCCGAAAGACAACAGACAUCCCCUUGGAAGGCUACCUGCUGACUCCAAUCCAGAGGAUUUGCAAGUACCCUCUGCUCCUCAAGGAACUGGCAAAGAGGACUCCAGGAAAGCACCCUGACCAUCCUGCGGUCCAGAGCGCCUUGCAAGCCAUGAAGACCGUCUGCACCAAUAUCAAUGAGACCAAGAGGCAGAUGGAAAAACUGGAGGCUCUGGAACAACUGCAGUCCCACAUUGAAGGAUGGGAGGGCUCUAAUCUCACAGAUAUCUGCACCCAACUCCUCCUUCAGGGAACCUUGUUAAAAAUCUCUGCUGGCAACAUCCAGGAGCGAUCCUUUUUCCUGUUUGACAACCUUCUGGUCUACUGUAAGAGGAAAUCCAGGGUCACAGGGGGAAAGAAGUCAGCCAAGAGGACCAAGUCCAUCAAUGGAUCCCUCUAUAUCUUCAGAGGUCGAAUCAACACAGAAGUCAUGGAGGUGGAGAAUGUGGAAGAUGGCACAGCGGAUUACCACAGUAAUGGCUACACUGUCACAAAUGGCUGGAAGAUCCAUAACACUGCCAAAAACAAAUGGUUUGUUUGUAUGGCAAAAACUGCAGAGGACAAACAGAAAUGGUUAGAUGCCAUCAUCAAGGAGCGUGAGCAGAGAGAAAGUCUCAAGCUCGGCAUGGAGAGGGAUGCCUACGUCAUGAUUGCUGAGAAGGGAGAGAAGCUCUACCAUAUGAUGAUGAGUAAGAAGGUUAAUCUCAUCAAGGACCGGAGGAGGAAACUGAGCACUGUCCCCAAGUGCUUCCUUGGCAAUGAAUUUGUGGCUUGGCUCAUUGAGAUUGGAGAGAUAAGCAAAACAGAAGAAGGGGUCAACUUGGGUCAAGCCUUGCUGGAAAACGGAAUCAUCCAUCAUGUUUCAGAUAAGCAUCAGUUUAAGAAUGAACAAGUGAUGUACAGGUUCCGGUAUGAUGAUGGUACAUACAAACCAAGAAGUGAGCUGGAGGACAUCAUGUCUAAGGGUGUGAGACUUUACUGCCGGCUGCAUAGCCUUUUCAUUCCAGUGAUCAAAGACAGAGACUACCACUUGAAGACCUACAAAUCUGUGAUUCCUGGGAGCAAACUGGUAGACUGGCUGCUUGCUCAGGGAGACUGCCAGACAAGGGAGGAAGCUGUGGCACUGGGAGUUGGACUGUGUAACAAUGGCUUCAUGCACCAUGUCCUAGAGAAGAGCGAGUUCAAAGAUGAGUCCCAGUACUUCCGCUUUCAUGCGGAUGAGGAGAUGGAAGGGACGAGCUCCAAGAAUAAGCUCCUUCGAAAUGACUUCAAGCUGGUGGAGAACAUUCUGGCCAGGAGUCUUCUGAUAUUACCUCAAGAGGAUGAUUAUGGCUUUGACAUAGAAGAAAAGAACAAGGUGAUUGUGGUGAAGUCGGUCCAGCGAGGUUCAUUGGCUGAGAUGGCUGGCUUGCAAGUGGGAAGGAAGAUCUAUUCCAUCAAUGAAGACCUUGUAUUUCUACGACCUUUUUCAGAGGUGGAGGCCAUCCUCAACCAGUCAUUCUGUUCUCGUCGGCCCCUGCGCCUCCUUGUGGCCAGCAAGGCCAAAGAAAUCAUCAAAGUACCUGAUCAUCCUGAAACCCUUUGCUUCCAGAUUCGGGGAGCUUCCCCACCUUAUGUCCAUGCUGUGGGAAGAGGCUCAGAGGCUGCUGCAGUGGGACUGAAUGCUGGCCAGUGCAUUUUGAAAGUCAACGGGAACAACGUGGUGAAUGAGAGCUUUGUAGAUGUGUUGGACCACUUCCUGGCCUACCGAAGCCGGCCACAGGAGGCACUGGGUCUUUACCAGUGGAUCUAUCGCACUCAUGAGGAUGCUGAAGAGGCUCGAGCCCAGCAGUGGGCCCCUGGCAGCUACCUCAAUGGCAGCCUUGAUGAGUCUGGGGGAGCCCUGGAAGGAGGCCAGGAUGAUGAAGAUUUCUCUUUGCAGCCUAUGGGUCCCCAGCUGCCCAUCCCCGAGGGCAGCCCUUUGAUCAACCUGACUGUGGAAAAUGUCCACUUGGAGCAUGGUGUGGUGUAUGAAUACGUCAGCACAGCUGGGAUCAAGUGCUUUGUUCUAGAGAAGAUCGUGGAACCCAAGGGCUGCUUUGCUCUCACUGCCAAGAUCCUGGAGGCCUUUGCUGCAGAUGACAGCCUCUUUGUGCAGAACUGCGGGCGCCUCAUCUCCCUGAGCAGCGCUGUGGCCACCAUGCCUCAGUACGAGUUCCGGAACAUCUGUGAAACCAAACUGGAACGCAUCACCAGGAGGAUUGCCAACUAUCAGGAGUUUGCAGAAAAGCUGAAGACCCGGGUAAGCCCUGCCUUCAAGCAAGCCUCCUUGGAACCUCAUGCCCUCUGCAGCCUGGACUUUUGCCCCACCAACUGCCAUGUGAAUCUCAUGGAAGUGUCUUACCCCAAGAACACUACCUCAGUGGGGAGGUCGUUCAGUAUCCGAUUUGGGCGGAAACCCUCUCUGAUUGGCCUCGAUCCUGAACAAGGUCACAUAAACCCAAUGUCCUAUACCCAGCACUGUAUCACCACCAUGGCUGCCCCAUCCUGGAAGUGCCUCCCCCAAGAGGAUGGGGAAUCUCAUGAGCGGAGCCUCAUGGAUAGUACCAUCAACCAACAGAAUGGGGGGCCCAUCCAAGAAGACCGAGGCUUGAGCUUCCUGCUGAAGCAAGAGGACCGGGAAAUCCAGGAUGCCUAUCUGCAACUCUUCAACAAGCUGGAUGUGGCCGUGAAGGAAAUGAAGCAAUACGUCAUGCAGAUAAACAAGCUGCUGUCCACCAUCACAGAACCAACGGGUGAUGGGUCCUGUGAACCUCCCUCCACUGAAGAGGUCUCCCCUUCGCUGGUGAGUGAGGACAGCGAGAUCGACAAAGCCGACCACGGUGGGAUCAAGAAGGUGUGUUUCAAAGUGUCAGAAGAGGACCAGGAGGAUUCAGGACAUGACACAAUGAGCUAUCGAGAUUCCUACAGUGAAUGCAAUAGUAACCGAGACUCAGUCCUCUCUUAUACCAGUGUCCGCAGUAACAGCUCUUAUCUGGGCAGUGAUGAGAUGGGAUCUGGAGAUGAGUUACCGUGUGACAUGAGGAUCCCAUCAGAUAAACAGGACAAACUCCAUGGAUGCUUGGAGCACCUGUUUAAUCAGGUUGACUCCAUCAAUGCACUCUUAAAAGGGUCUGUCAUGAGUAAGGCCUUUGAGGAAACGAAGCAUUUCCCCAUGGAACACAGCUUGCAAGACUUUAAACAGAGGGAGGAAUGUCCGAUCCGGGGCCGGAGCAUGAUACAGAUAAGCAUUCAGGAAGACCCUUGGAACCUUCCCAACUCGAUCAAGUCCUUGGUGGACAACAUCCAGAAAUAUGUGGAAGAUGGGAAGAAUCAGGUGUUACUGGCUUUGCUCAAAUGCACAGAUACGGAGCUACAGCUAAGGAGAGAUGUCAUCUUCUGCCAGUCUCUGGUGGCGGCCAUCUGUACUUUCUCUGACCAGCUGCUUGCAGCCUUAAGCUACCGAUACAACAACAACGGCGAAUAUGAAGAAAGUAGCCGAGAUGCCAGUCGCAAGUGGCUGGAACAGAUAGCGGCCACAGGGGUCCUGCUUCACUACCAGUCGUUGCUGUCCCCCAGUGUGGUAAGAGAAGAGCGCGCCAUGCUAGAGGAUAUCCGGGUUACUCUUUCAGAGCUGGACAAUGUCACCUUCUCAUUUAAACAGCUGGAUGAGAAUUUUGUCACCAAUGCACAUGUCUUUUAUCAUAUCGAGGGCAGCCGACAGGCCUUGAAGGUCAUUUUUUACCUCGACAGCUAUCAUUUCUCCAAGCUGCCCUCCCGGCUAGAGAAUGGGGGCAGUUUGAAACUCCAUACAGUCCUCUUCACUAAAGCCCUGGAAAAUCUGGAAGGGCAGCUACAAGCAGGAGGUUCCACCACCUCCCCCCUGGAGGAGAUACAGCAGGAGAUCAAUGCACAGUCCCUGGAGAAAGUCCAGCAGUAUUACCGACGGCUCAGGACAUUUUACCUUGAAAGGUCCAACCUGCCCACAGAUGCCAGUGCAACUGCAGUGAAAAUUGAUCAGCUGAUCCGUCCCAUCAAUGCCAUGGAUGAGCUGUGCCGCCUGAUGAAAUCCUUUGUCCACUCAAAGCCUGGCACCAGUGUGCCCAGUGCAGGCCUGCUGCCCAUCUCUUCUGAGCUCUGCUACCGCCUGGGCGCCUGUCAGAUCACCAUGUGUGGCACUGGCAUGCAGAGGAGUACCCUGAGUGUCUCCCUGGAGCAGGCAGCCAUUCUGGCUCGGAGCCAUGGGCUGCUCCCCAAGUGCAUCAUGCAGGCAACAGACAUCAUGAGGAAGCAGGGGCCCCGGGUAGAAAUCCUAGCAAAAAACCUCCGAGUCAAGGAUCAGAUGCCUCAGGGAGCACCUCGGAUCUAUCAGCUGUGUCAGCCACCUGUGGAUGGAGACUUGUAAAUAAGGAAGGACAAGAACCCUUGUUUGGUUGGAGACCCUGGCAGUGUUCACCAGAGAGCCAGCCCUCAGGACCCUUGGUGUACCUCACUCCCCCGCUGGCAAAUGGCACACAGGAGAUGAGAGCCCGUUGCCAAGAUCCUUUUCCUCAGACUGCUUGAAAGCUGUCCAGUCCCUCUCCUCAUCCCAGAAUUGGCCCUUCCAUGCCUGACCGUAUCUACACACACAUACAGAUACAUAGACAGACAGCCAG